AUGGAGUCAGAGUUUUCACAGCUGUUUAACACAUCAUGGAACUUACACCGAAUCUCACCACUUCAUCAUGGGAAAGAUUGUGAAACCCUCAUAGACCCGGCUUCCUUGAAACUGUAUGCGACGCGAUUACGCGACUAUUUGACAGGCGAUGUCUUCGCUGGUCUUGAAACUGGCCCUAGUGCAGCAGAGGACAACUCAUUUUCGAAAACAGGCCCGCUGAGGGAAUGCCUUUGGCAGCCCAUAACGAGAUCAUCGCGCGACGAACGCGCUGCCAUCGCCUCUAUCAAGGGAAUUUUGGUGAUAUUGAACUAUGAAAAAAUUAGCUAUAAAGCAGCUCUUCUCUCAGAAAUAAGCUCAACUUCUGGACCUGAUGGCCAAAGCCCAAAAUCUACAUCUCUACCGUUAUUGUUGACUAAAUGCUCCAACCCGGUACGACAGGGUUUCAUAUCAUUUCUGUCUGCCAACUUUGAUAGCUACUGUUCGGCUUUGCGCCUUCCCUCUAAAUUCCUCUGCAUGGGGUUAGAAACUUUUAUCGAUGAGUUCCACAGUGUUCGUGAACAAAGCGGUCCUACCGCGGAAGAUGCGAUCAAGGAACUACAUCUUACGCUGGCGUUCUCAUCAUCGAUCGCGCCAGCACUGCGAUCUCUCAAUAUCAAUAUCUCUCGAUCGUCACUAACGGAUUUCCUACGUGACAAUUCAAGCUCGUCAAAAUCGCGCACUCUUAAGGAGAAGCUGCGAAACCCCUUGAUUGGUAACCUGACCUCAUACAUUGAGACGCAUUUGGCGAUGAAAUUAGAUCUGGAUGGCUCGUCGCAGGACAAAAUUUUAAGACAACAUAUUCGUCUGUCCAAGAUCUCAUGCGCUCCUUUUGUGCUAGGAAAUGAGGGCCGUAUGAAGUUGGUUGUGGAUAUUGAUCUAUCUGACGAUGAUGAGCUAUUUGCGCGAUCCCAGUCGAUUCUCUAUGCAAGUGAAAUGUUACUUCUGAAAGUGAUACGAAGAGCUGUAAUCGGCGAAGAUGAAGCCACAUGA